AUGAAUCUCGAUUUAGAUUGGACCAUUGAGAAAUUGUACAGAGGUGAAUUGCUUGAAGAAGCCACUGUGAAAGAAGUUUGUCAAAAGUUCAAAGAGCUGUUAAGCACCCAGCCGAAUGUUCUUCAUCUGCACACCCCUAUUACGGUUGUAGGAAACGUACACGGUCAGUUUUACGAUUUAUUGGAGCUGUUCAGAGUUGGUGGAAGGCCGCCAGAUGUCGAGUAUCUUUUCUUGGGCUGCUAUGUCGACUUAGACGGCUACAGCGUGGAAACCGUAUCGCUACUGUUUUGCCUGGUCCUUAAGUAUCCCGCUCGAAUUCAUUUGUUGAGGGGCAAUCACGAAUGUAAAUACAUGUCGAAAACAUUUGGGUUCUACGCAGAAUGCAUACGUAAGUACCAUCGUCCCAAUGUGUGGAAGUAUUUUGUCGAGGCUUUCAAUUAUCUCCCAUUGUGCGCGGUGAUUGAUGAGUCCAUUUUUUGCGUACACAGCGGCCUGUCUCGGUAUUUGAUCGACAUCGACAGCAUAGAUAUAUUGGACCGCUUCCAGGACGUUCCAGUUGCCGACCCUAUAACUGACUUGCUCUGGUCAAAUCCGCGCCUUGAGCCGAGCUCUGCCGAAAUUUUUGACUCUGAAGAACAAGAACAAGGUUACGUUUCUAGUUACGGAAUGAGGGACGUCGAGAUGUUUUUGCAGACCAACAUGUACUCCCAAAUAGUUCGGAGUCACGAGUUUUGCUUUGACGGGUACGAGGUGAUGUUCGAUCAGAAGCUGUCUACCAUUUGGAGCAUGCCAAACUACGGGGGGUGUCUGGGAAAUGUAGCUUGUUAUUUGGAGAUUCUACCUAGGCUCGAAAAAAAUUAUCGGACUUUUAUUGCAUAUCCGGAAUCGAUGAGACGACGGGUCUUGAAUCCUUUCAAGACGUCGUUUGAUUAUUUCGUAUGA